CGGGCCAAGACCACUUGGUCUCGUCGGUUCUGAGCUCGAGCUGGCGGAGUCCAGACACCCGGGACUGCUAGUCCGCCUUAGGAGUGCGCAGGCGCAGACUCUCCGGCUCGCCAUCGUUGUCUUUGUCUGCUGGCCAACUUCCUCAUUCAUCCCUCAGAGCUGCACUUUCCUUACCCUUUAAAACCUUUGAGGUAGGUUCUAAGGGCUCAGCCUGAAUUCUGGGAUGCUGCUUUGACCCCCCAACUGUGAUGGUCCAAGUCUUGUGUCACUUUUCUGUUUACAAGUUUAAAGUCACCAGUUCAAACAAGAAGAACAAUUGAUGAUUGAGGAUGAAAUGUAAAGAAGGUUCUCUCCAGAAGCAGCCUGGGACAUUUAUAAACAGAUAAAGACACAACAUGAAGGACUUGUGAGUUAAGUUUCAUCUUUCUCUGUGAAAAUAAAGACUGAGGAAAAGCUCAGAAAACGUAGGAAACAGGGAAGUAUUUCCUCUGAGCACAGACAUUAAUUCUUGAAAACUACACUUCUGUGUAUGGGACUUGGUUUAAAAGAGUUUGAAAUAAAAUUUAUACUUAUACAUAAUUUACACUUAAACAUGAGAGAAGCUGUGUAAGACCCAUUAAGAAUACGAAGAGAAUGCUGUAUUUCAUCCCUUUUUGUAAUCAUCUUAUCUAAGGGUAAUCAGUGUGAGAAAAGUCCUCCAUUAUAAAUUCAGCUUCAUUAGAUACCUGAGAAUUACUAUUAUAAACAUCUGAAUUCAGUGAAUGUGAAAAAGCUUUCAUCUUUGUCAUAUCUCAGUCGAUACUACGGAAAUCUUCUGGGAGGAAAUUCCCUGUACAUGACAGGGAUGCUGGAAAGUCUUCAGCCUGAAUCAGAUCUUCAGCAUGAUAAAAUUCAUACUGGAGAGAAAUCUUUUGAAUGUAAAGAAUGUAGAAAAACCUUUAGCCUGAAGCAAAACCUCAUAGAACAUAAGAAAAUGCAUACUGGAGAGAAAUCGCAUGAAUGUACUGAAUGUGGUAAAGUGUUUUCUCGAGUCUCAUCCCUUACUCUACAUUUGCGAAGUCAUACAGGGAAGAAAUCCUAUAAAUGUAAUAAAUGUGGAAAAGCCUUCAGCCAGAAGGCAAACUUCCUUUCUCAUCAGAAAUGUCAUACUGGAGAAAAACCUUAUGAAUGUGGGAAAGCUUCUAUUCAGAUGCCUACCCUCAUUAGACACCAGAGAAAUACAGUAAAUAAACCCCACACAUGUAAGGAAUGUGGGAAAGCCUUUAAUGGCAAAUCAUAUCUUUUGGAACAUGAGAAAAUUCAUACAGGAGAGAAACCAUUUGAAUGUAAUCAAUGUGGAAGAGGCUUCAGCCAGAAGCAAUACCUUAUCAAACAUCAGAACAUUCAUAGUGGAAAGAAACCCUUUAAAUGUAAUGAGUGUGGAAAAGCCUUUAGCCAGAAGGAAAACCUCAUUAUCCAUCAGAGAAUCCAUACUGGAGAGAAACCUUAUGAAUGUAAAGGGUGUGGGAAAGCUUUCAUUCAGAAGUCAAGCCUCAUUAGACACCAGAGAAGUCAUACUGGAGAGAAACCCUACACAUGUAAAGAAUGUGGAAAAGCCUUCAGUGGCAAAUCAAAUCUUACUGAGCAUGAGAAAAUUCAUAUUGGAGAGAAACCCUAUAAAUGUAAUGAAUGUGGAACAAUCUUCAGGCAGAAGCAGUACCUCAUUAAACAUCACAAUAUUCAUACAGGAGAAAAACCCUAUGAAUGUAAUAAAUGUGGAAAAGCCUUCUCUCGAAUCACAUCGCUUAUUGUACAUGUGAGAAUUCAUACAGGUGAUAAACCUUAUGAAUGUAAAAUAUGUGGGAAAGCCUUCUGUCAAAGCUCAUCUCUUACUGUGCAUAUGAGAAGCCAUACAGGUGAGAAACCCUAUGGUUGUAAUGAAUGUGGGAAAGCUUUUUCUCAGUUCUCAACUCUUGCUCUACAUAUGAGAAUCCAUACCGGUGAAAAACCUUAUCAGUGUAGUGAAUGUGGGAAAGCUUUCAGCCAGAAGUCACAUCACAUUAGACACCAGAGAAUUCAUACUCAUUAAAGCUCUAUGAAUGCCAUGGAUUUAGGAAAAACCUUCAGCAGAAUUUAUACGAUAUAUCAGCAAAUUCAUUUUACAUUAAAGGGACAUGAGUGUGGGAAAUCUUUUAGCAGCAACUCAAAACUUAAAAUACCAAGAUGUUUACUAAGAAGUAUAAUAGUGUAAUGAAGACCUGUACCCCCCAAACUCCCACAACAACCAUUGUCGAUGCUGUACUUCUAGGCGCAUUCUCAGUGAAGUUAGUGUCCAUUAGUGGACACUAAUUAGCAUGUUCCUGGAAGGCCUAUCAGAUGCGUUAAGACAAAGAUAUGAGAAGUAUAAGAAUUUAAAAUUGGGACAGAAAAAUUUUUUUGCUUUGCUACAUAUGUGAUAUGUAAAACUAUAAUCAAAAUUAUUUGUUGUUGAUGCAGUCAUAGAAGUUGAGGUUGGGAGAGAAUAUUGAAUCCAGAAACAUGCACGAAUUUAUGAGGAAUUGGUAAUUGGUAGAGUUGGUAUCCCAAAUUGGUGGGAACUCAGAUGAGUUAAAAAAACGGCCUCAGGGUAAUUGACUCCUGAUAUGGAAAUGGACUAGAUCUCUGCCAUUGCCAUACAUUAAAAUAUAUAUUUCUCAUAAAUUCCAAAAGUAUUGAAGAUUAGGAUGCAAAAAACAAAAUAUAAGAAUUUUAUGGAAGGAUGUUUUUAAACCCUUGGGAUAAAAGAAUUUCUAAAAUAGAUUCCAGAAUACCCAGCAAUUCCACUCGAGUAUAUACAGAUACCCAAGAAACUGACUCAUGUACACAGGGAAUUAUAUACUAGUCUGUUUGUUGUAGCAUGAAUUAUAGUAGCCAAAAAGAAAAAAAAAGUCUGUAGCUUGUGAAAUAGAUAAAUGUGGUAUAGUCACACAGAAUACUCUCUAGCAGUUAAGUACAACAAAUGAAAUCUAUAGUAUUAACAGAAAGAUAUGAAAAAUCAUGUAGAGUGAAGAAAAGUGAAGUGAUUGAUAUAUUGUACUGGUACCUGUAUGAAUUUGAAUAAAAUCAACACUAACCAACCCUGGUACUAGGCAUUGGUGAUGGAUGAACACUGUUCUGUAAAACAGUGAAGAAUGAAUUGGAAGGAUAUACACUCAAUUCCUAAAAGCGAUUGCCUCUUUUAAGGGAGAAGGGAGGUGGAAGAGAAGUGUAACCAAGAAUGGUAUUUAAAGGAUACUUCAGUUUUGUAUCUAAAUAUCUAUUUCUCAUUAAAAAGAAAUAGAGAUUCUAAGUUAAGUGUAAUAAAAUACUAGUUGACUCUGGGUUGUGAUAAUAUAUGUGUUCAUUCUAUUGUAUGUGCUGUUUCUUUUCUUAAACUUCUGGAAAUUAAAAAGUAGAGGAGUGAGGAAGCUGUACAUGAAGUACAUAUUAUGUACUUACAUUAUGGGCUUACGUUCCCAGUCAUGCUAAUUUUUUUUAGAAAAUACUUCUAAAGUUAUAUCUUUAUAAAAUAUGAAAUAAUUUUUUAAAUUGGGUGGCAACUUAAGUGCAGUCAUUUAAAUUUACUCUUGUAUUUCUAUACAUAGUUAGAAGUUAAAGCAUGAUUUUGGAACAGAUUGGUUGGAUAUUUAAGGAGCAUUAUUAAAUAAUACACAUACAGACUUGGUGGAGAGAAUUAAUUUUUACUAAAACAUUUAUCAGAAAUUUUAGUACUCCACAGAACCAGUAUUGGCAUUAGAAAUUAGACAUUUUAAAAUCAGAAAACCAUGUCACUCUUAAUCUUUUUUUAUAUAAGCCACUGAGUAAAACACCAACUUUUGUAUUUCAUCUUCUAUUUUAACCAGCAGACUAAUUUUUCUUCUCUAUUCUGCCAGACAAACCAGUUAAUCUUCACCUCCUUGUUUGUUUCCUUGGAGAAAAUGGUGCUGAAAAGGGAGAUCUCAAACCUAAGUAAUGUUCUCUUAUUUGAAGCAAAUCUUUGAGGAUUUUUGUUUACUUCAUCCCUUUUCAAUAGUAACUUGACAUAUAGAAAGCUAUUAAAGCUCUUUUAGAAUAAUAAAAAUUAGUAUACAUAUUUAAACCUUAGGCUGUUUUCAAAUACAUUUAUUUUAAACUCAAUAAAAUGCUAACAUAGCUAUAGCACUGCCCUACUUGUUAUUAAGGUUGGUCUUGAGAUAAGAUUGAAAAUGUCAGGGGGUGAUUUUCUGAGAUAAUAUACUGAAGUUACGUACAUGUGUAUCUACCUGAAUCUAAACUUAUCUUUCUCUGUUUUCUUCCAUUCCUCAUGUUGCUUUAGACAUGCUUUCAUAUUAAGUGUUCUGUCCAUGUGCUUGUGCAGCUUUGAAGUCAUCAGAGCAACUAGGAACUCUAAUUCAGACCAAACUAUGAGGACUACCUUUAGGUGCCUUGACUUGGCCAGGGUCCUUGACCCAGCAACAAAAAUGAUUUUGAUGGUCAGAGUAAUAUGAGCAGUUGUUACAUAGUAUUUUGUGAUGUGUACUAUAAAUUUGCUCAGCCACCCUCCCUGUUGAUUCGCUUGUUGCUCAAUUGCCAACAUAAACAAUGCUACAAUAAACAUAAUCAGCCCUAACAUUUCAGAUGUUUUUAUUUCUGUGGAUAGAUUACAGAGAAGAGAUUGUUGGAUCAAAGGAUAUAUGCUAUUUUUAAGUUUUUAGUAGAUGUUGUUGGAGUCAUUUUCAAAAAGACAACAUCUCUAGCCCUGUAAUAGAUAGUGUGAUACUAGUUAAAUUUAUGCUGCUUUGAUGAGUAUAAACCUCACUUGCUCCAAAUUUGUUUCUUUGUGGA